ACGGUCCAUUUACGCGCAGGCCAUAGCCGCACAGUGCUCACGGUCACGCACUCCGGGUGCACCACGCAAAGAAGUCGUCACACUUGAACUCGCAGAAGACGUUUUGAUUUUGGAUGGUUUCGUUACAAUUGGAUUAAAGAUCAGUCAGUGAUAAACUUUCAAAUUAAGUGCACCGGAAUAUCCUGUUUUCCACAUUCAACUUUUAUGGCAAAGUGUCAAUGAAUUACUCGUUCCAUAUAUGAUGAAGAAUGAGUUUUUCAAUCGGUUAAACUCACUAUCGAUACAGGUAUGACAGGGUUGGACUAAACAAUUUGACCCCGCAAAGUGUUCAAGAGAGAAAAAAAAUUUUUCAAAAGGAAUUCCACGAGGAGCGAAAAAAAUUCUGGCGAGAUCAAAAAAGACCUAUUAAUUCUUUCUUAGGAAAAAAGGAUCAUGCACACUCUGUUGGGUGAAAUUGUGUCUUGAAUGUCUGUGUCCAUCAUCAUCUGCUUAGAAAAAACCUUUUAAGUUGUUAAAGUGGUUUGAAAACGCUCGCCUUAGCAGGACAUACAUCGCAUUUGGUGUUUUUCCUUUAAGCAAUUAAUGCGAUUUACGCUGAAAACUGAUACAAAAAGUGACGAUUAUAUCUGUGAUUAGUAAAGGCCUACUCUCUUCGAACCGAAUUGAAAUCGAUAUGAUUAAUAGGAUUAAGUAUGCAUGUUACAUUCUCUUUGGAGCGAUGAUUUUUGGAAAUCUCCAGCAAGGUGAUGCCUCCAAGAUCGCUAGCAAGAUCGACACUGAGUCAAAACCAGCGGGUUCUACCGGCAUGCUGAACUGUACCUUGCUGAGCAGGUCUCGGGCUCAGCUCGUUUGGCAAAAACUCGAAAAGGUCAACGGCGUUGAGUCACCCGUCAUGUACUCUAUCGAUGAGAAGAUAGUAAAACGAAACCGGCAGUUAGACAACGGGAAGAUGAAAUAUGAGAUCUUACUGAGCAGGGCUGAGCAAAAGGGUUGGACUUUUACCCUGGUGAUCAGGGCUCUGACGAGUGACGACGCCGGCGAGUAUCGGUGCUUACUGUUGAUCGAUGGGGUCGACCACAACAGAUUUCCUUUCCAAGAUGGACUCCUUGUCGUGCAAUCCCCACCACUACUCGACAAAUCCGUCUCAACAAUGCAGAUUGACGCAAUCGAAGGACGUGACGCCAUACUCCACUGUAAGGCCACCGGGAAUCCGGUUCCAUCAAUUUCCUGGUCACGACCGAACGGAGUGGCGCUGCCUGGCGGUGGACUGACAUUACAUGGUGACACGCUGAGACUCGACAACAUCACGGAAAAACAGACGGGACUCUACCGAUGCAAGGCAGAUAAUAAUGUACGACCGCCCAGCUGGUUAGAUAUCCCGGUCCGUGUUUUCCACCGACCCCAAAUUAACCCCUUCAGGAAAGCUGUUGGACAGGCACCUGAUAAAAAUUACCAGGUGGAGUUGUCCUGUAUCGUAAAAGCCGACCCCAAGCCCGAGCUGUCUUGGUGGCAAGAAGGCACCAAGCGCAUCUUAGAUGACAACAAACACGAGGUUCAGAAGUUUGACUUCCCCACCGGGAUCAUGACCACUAAAGGCAACUACAUGACCAGCAUGAGGAUCAACAAUGUGCAGUCUGGCGACUAUGGCAACUACACAUGCAUGGCAGAAAACAUCUAUGGAAAAAAGGCGACCACCAUUACACUAUUUUACACACCAACAUGCCAGGGUGCCAACUGCCUCUUCGAAUUAAGAAGCAACAGUGGAGUCCAGAUUCAAGGAUCUUACCUCUUGAUUAUCGCAUGGGCGGCAAUGGUUUACCUAAAGUUUUAAUGAGUCGUGCUGAACCUAUCAUAACAUUUAUAUGAGGAUGAAGCAUAGUAGUACAUUCACAUUUUGCGAGAGCGCCAGUUAUCAUGUCACUGCAGCAGUACUCUCUGAAGAUAUUGGAGCAAAUAAUGUGGAUGGUGAAAAUGGCACACUAUUACAAGCCAGAGCUUGUAGUGAACUUCUCUUCAGCUCACUGAUCAGUAGGGUUCAGGUCGUAUCAACCUCUGGGUUGUGGGUUUUUAUCCCGUUCGGACUUAUGUGUUCUCCAAUCUCACAUUUGGGGUACAUCCGGGAACAGUAAUUUAGAGGAUGUUUGUGAUACCAAGUGAUAUAUAUCUUCCGGACACCCAUCCCCACUGUCUGGACAUCGAGUUGUGAGGGCACAACAUCCUGGAUGGUGUCGAGUUGUGAGAGACACACCUUACCUACAGUGGAUUAAUUUGUUGGCCAGUUAUAGUGUAAUUUAUGACACUUACAGUUUCUCGGACUUAAGUAGGCGUGGAAGGACGUUCAAAAAUUAAGAGACAAAGUAAUUAACAUAAGUAGUAUUGAUAACAGGAUAAAAAACCAAGUUGUUGAUAUAGUAGUCGUAUGGUACAAACAUGAUUGUAAUGUUGGCUCAUCAGUUAAAAUACAUGUAGUUGAUAAUGUCAUGGCUAGCUUAGCCACGCACUACCUGGUGUACACUACCAUUGUACGGACCUAGAAUUAUGGUACUCGCAUGAUAGUAUUGGAGAAUUCUUAGUUAAAAUACUAGUUGUUGACUUGAAAUAAUUUCAUGGCGAUGUUAAGCAAACCACAUCACGAACCACAUGACGAAUUCGUCACAAUUGCUCCGAACGAACUCGACGAUGAGUCGCAGCUCUCUACAUAAGACAAUAGAGAAGGACUCCCUCGGGAUCUUUUACCACACUUUGCUCCUCCCAAAAGCAUGUGAUAUGAGAACCCAAGGGAACACUUCAUAUGUUUAUCAAAAGGUGGCUCUCCAGAAGAUUCUGAGGAGACCUCGUCAUCAGUAUAUGACCCUAAUUCCCCAGGAAAAAGGAUGUGCGCAUAGUUACUUUGAAUCAUAAAGAACAUCUAGUAGAUCAUGGUGAAAUACACCAACCCUUAUGUACAUUAAUCACAGGAAAUCCUUGAUAAUUGUAGCCUGAAACGGUAAUAAAAAA